AUGGACCGUGCCUGUUAUGGUCGCGUGGGAACAAUUCAUUCUGCGUGUCCCUGGGACCUGCCCGACGAUUAUGAACGGCCAGGUUCUCGCUGUCUGCGGUCUGCGACCAUCUCCGGCUCGUCUUCGUUGCAUGCAACGUCCGCGGCCCGAAUGUCGACGGCGGUCGGUGUCGCCCCCAGCAGCCCCCAGGAUCCAACUCGCACUGCUCGUUCAGACUCGGUGGCCAGCAAUUCGAGUGCAGGGGGCACGUCGCUACGACGUCGAUCGCGUACGAAGACACGGACGCUCAACCUUGCAAAACGGGGGAAAAGUUUAGGGCCGUCGGGUAGUGGUGCCGAACGCGUCGGGGACGAUUCAGUCAGCGCCCCCGCCGCCCAAGAUGCAAUACCUCCAUUACCGCGAGCGCUCUGUGACGAGCGCGAGGUGUUAUGGAAACCCGAGCUGCCGCGCACUGGUGUCGAAAUGGAACAAGCCCUCCUGCCACGUCGGCCAAGGACUACCGGCUCAGAGCGACCACGACCGAUUGUGGUCAUUCAGGAGGCAUCGGACGCUGGACAUGGUAAUUCUGCCAUGACUGCUGGUGGGAUUGAACUUGAGUGGGACACGCAGGCACGUUCUGAGGGCAGUUCUAGUCGAGGGAUGAAAACGCGAUCUCGCACAUUAAGUCUGCCUCGCCAUGCAUUUCGGACAAUUGCGACAUCGUCAGAUUCUUCCUCUCAACCUAGCCCAAUUACACCGGCUCUAGCGCAAAGCGAGGUACCUCAGGUUCAGAUACAGCGUAGCGAUCCUCAGACCGUGAGGGACUCGAUAUGGUCACAAAACUCGUCGACGUCUUCCUCAGCAUACCCUGCAUCCACAGUCACUGGCAGCCAUACUACUACCGAAUCCUCCCUUCCGUACACUCUCGACAGCCACCAGGAUGACCAACAUGCCUUCUCACUGGAGAUCGUCUCUCCAGAGAAAACGGAGUUCGAUGCAGACGAUGUCUCAUAUCGUCUUCGCUUACUCAUGAAUAACAGCUACUUUCUGCCACCUGCUCACGCAAAGCCCACUCCGUCAUACCUAGCAUCUCCCGGUUCACCAGGCUCAAAAAAGGUGUCGCCCAAGUCCUCCAAUCUCAAUAUUCUAGAUUUCUUCCGAAUUGGGAAGCCGAAGUUGAAGACUACGCCGGCUUUAUCCCCUCUGACAGCCGGGAAUCCUGGAGGACCAGUUCUACGAACGACUUCGGACUCCACAACUGCCUCUGGUUACUUGCCGCGUCCUGAAGUGCGCUCGGCACCCCAGACUCCCAUCCGUGCCCCACCUCCAAAUAUGGUCCGGGUAGUGGUAGUGCGAGAGACGAUGGAAGAUCUUGCGACAGCUGCAAAGGAGGCUGAGCGAGACCUCAAAACAAAGGCGGCUGUCCGUAAAAAGAGGAGUCAACUCAUGUCGACCCGGAGAAAUCAACAGGUAGAUGUCAUCGACCCUACUGACGCCGUAGACUUACCACCGCCGUCAUCGAGCUAUCCAUUUGCGGUUCAAGCUUCCAAUCUGCAAGGACUGGGUGUGAGGGACUCCAUUGGCGCUGCGUUGCUCGCGGAGCGGCUACCUCCUGGCAGUCCGGGCAUAUGGUCCCUAAGUUCUGAUGACACCUGGCGCAAAGCUCUCCUUCAUGAGGCUGUUACUCACUCGUUUAGCAGCUCUGCUACGAGCUCGCGUGCGACGACGUCGACCAAUGGGUCGUCCUCUCCAUCUCCAACGCCUCCAUCGGCGAGCACACCUACCUCACCGGAAUCCCGCCCGUCUGACGAUUCUCAUACUACUGCCGAACACAGGGUUGGUCAGAGGAUACUGGAGGACAUCCGGGUUAGCAACAACGCAGACGAGCAGCAAAGUCCAACUAUUCUUACUCAGUCAUUUUACCCACCUAUGACUAGUAAUAGUCUUGCCAUGUUCUUGACUACGCCCAUUUCGGAUGCUACACCGUUGCAUACGCCACUCAGUCGAGCAGCUUCUCCUACUCACGGCCAUGCGCUGUCUCCCGCUCCAAGGAGGCAAAUGAGCAAUCCGCAGUUCUCAUCAUCGCGGCAGGGCCCUUCGGACUCCGCGGCGCAAGGGGUCAACGUUGAGGGGUCGUCAGGACUGUCUCCGCCAUCAGCACAGGCUCUGCGGAAAUCGCUGUCCUUUGCGGGCCUCACUGAUGCGCAUGACGUUAGUUCAGGUGCUGGCAGGGCCAUCUUCUCGCUCAGCCCGCCUCCUGCGGCGCCAGCACAGUUGUCCCCGUCCUCAGAGGAGCACAACCUGCGCACUUCACCGUCCAUCUCUUCCUAUCAAAGCAUGGUAAGCGGCUCUCGUCAGUCUGAUGAGCUGUCAUAUGCAACCGCAGAAGAUUCCGAUGGUGAGCAGCAUGAGAAGCUCAGGCCGUCUGUGUCGCUGUCGGUCAUGACUGACAAUCGACCGUCCAUGUCCCUGUCUGAGUACUCACAACCCUCUCCCACGGUGUCUGCAUUCCAUGAUGCGAUAUUUGGCAGUUAUCGGCCUGUGUCAGUGUUGUCCCGAAGGAGCUACCUUCCUGCUGUUUCUGGAUCAUCAGCGCUGCCCUCAUUACCUACAGCUGUUUCUGAUCCUGGACAUUAUGUAGUCUCACCGACUUCACGUAUUCCGUCUUUGACGGACCCGAUUGCGUCACCUCCGCCCCAAUCACCUUUACCCGGGCCUGUUGGCCGCCCAUCACUGUCCUCUCGUGCCUCCACCGAUCCCGGUCGCCCUUUUAUCGCAGAGUCAACCUUCUGCGUAGGAGUUGAUUCUUCCUUGAAUCCUUCUACAAAUUCCCUCGACUUUCACACACCUAUGGCGCCUCUAUCGGAACGGCGAGGUCGCUCCUCCGGACUGUCGCUCCUUAUUCCGACCGAAGCUCCCACUCCUUCCAUACACUCGGCGCCGGCGCCGGCAUCGCCAACCGCGUUCUUCGAUCACAUUGAGGAUGCAAUGUCCGAGUUUGGCGCGUUCGACGAGAGCGAGGACGAAGAAGCGUCUCCUGAACCUGCCCACAUGUUUUUUGGCGCUCGCGGACGAGCUGACCCUAACUGGACUAUCAGCCCAGGAGUGUCCCUAACGCGUUUGGGCAACUACUCAUCUCCCCAUAUAGCAUCUUCUUCCAUUGGCAUCAGCGGUGCUGAUAGGAAGAAACCGAUUGUGAACGUGCCAAAGCGGCCGCGUCGCUCGAGCUACUUCUCGAAGAAGAAAGCGUUGCUCAAGGACGACCCUACGCUGCCCUUCAAGGAGACGGCUGCAGGACAUAGUCAUAGCUCCGGCAGUGCCAUGCAUGGUUCCGUGGCUCGUCGUAUUUCGAGAAGGAGGCCUGCGACGGCUGGUGCCGCAGAGGACAGGUCAAAAUGCUUCCAGCGCGAGUCCAUCCAGAUGUUUGAUGGCAUGCUCGUUAGGCACCUGGAGGCCGAGCGAGACACCAUCAGGCGCAUUACCUCUAACAUGUCGAGUUCCAGAAGUUGA